AUGGCAGCAACCGAGGUGCUAUCGUCGGCAGUCCUGCUAGCCAUUGUCUUACAACUAAUUCGAGCAACUCAAGGAUCGUUGCUAUCCGUAUUUUCAAAUCUAGACGAAGACAUCACCAAGGCGUUUCUCCCAAACGAACGAGAAUCUAUCGACGAUUGUCAUUUGCGCUACUACAAGUAUGGCAAAGGUCCCGAACCAUUGCCCGCUUUUGGGCGUCCGGCUUAUCUGCGAGAGUUCGCUCACAUGGCCGCCGUAGGAUGGACACGGGUAGGUGACAAAAUCGACUGGAAUUGCGGUGGAUCGUUGAUCUGGGAAAAUUACGUUUUGACAGCGGCUCACUGUGUCGUGGACGAAGAUAACGUGCCGCCCGAUGUCGUUCGCCUUGGGGAUAUUAAUUUGUACGACAGCUCGGACGAUAAAUAUGCGCAGCAGUUGAAGAUCGUCGAAAUUAUACGCCACCCGGAGCACCGUUUCAGCUCACGGUAUCACGAUUUGGCGCUAUUGAAGUUGGAAAAGAAUGUAACCCUACACGAUACGGUGGCGCCAGGGUGUCUCUGGAACGACGAAGAAAUUCCCUUUCCAUCGAUGGAAGCGACCGGUUGGGGCGCCACUGGUUUCGGCGAAUCGAGCACUCCCAUACUGCUAAAAGUAUCGCUUAGUUUGGUAAAAAAAGCCGAUUGUGAUAAGCACUACCGAGCGGAUCGCGGACUUCGACAAGGCCUGCAGGAUUACCAUCUGUGCGCGGGAGAUAUCAAAAUGGACACCUGUCCGGGUGAUUCCGGAGGUCCGUUACAGAUGAAGCUCCUGCACAAUGCAAAAAUGACACCAUUCGUCAUAGCGGUGACCUCUUUCGGUAGCGUUUGUGGUCAAUCGCAUCCAGGCGUGUACAUGAAAGUGGCUCCUUACAUUGGUUGGAUUCGGUCGGAACUUGCAAAGCGAGGAGAAAACAUCCAUGAAUGGAGUUUUAAGCCAUAUGCAUGCGCUUUACGGUACGUACACUUGAGAGAGUACGAGGACGACGUGGUGUACUCGAAAACAGAUGGUUUUGAAUCGCUUGACUCCAGCAAAGCUCACAUGAGCAUAAUCGAUUCGGAACAGACCGUAAAAAUUCAUUGGCCGCCAGGCCGGAAGGGGAUUGAAAACUGCCACGGAGUUGUUAUAGACGAAGAUGCCGUUGUAACGUUGGCCCGCUGCAGUAUUAACGAUGGAAUAAGCGCCUCACAUGUAGUUUACGGAGAUGGAACCAGAAAUGAUGUCCUUCAAGUGCAUCGUCAUCCACGAUACAAACCAAACUCGUACUAUAACGACAUUGCCAUACUGAAGAUGAAGAACAGAUUCCAGAUAUCACAUUUUUUUAUCCCCGCAUGCAUUUGGAGUGCAUUUGAGUUACCUCACCCGAGAUUCUAUGUGACUGGACAGGGUCGGUUGGAUUUGAACAAAUUUAAUUACUAUUCCGAAGCGAUGUCUGAGUUUAAUCCAGAGAUUGCUCAGCUAUCCCCGCGAGCUGACAUUCAUAACGCGGAGAAUUGCUCCGUACCCGAGGAGUACCUUCCAAAUUUGACAAACGGCAUCACACCAGAGCAUCUCUGCUUUGGGAAUAAGCCCUUUCUGGUGCCGGAAUCGUGCGAAAUGAAGUUUGGUGGACCGCUGAGGCGCCGAGUUUAUAGAAUGGGUCGAAAUUUCGAGCAUAUCUACGCGUUGAAUUUGUUCGGUAAAGACUGCGGAUUUGGACGCUCAGCCGCUGCAACUCGACUCGGUGCACACCAUGAGUGGAUGAAAUCCAUCCUGCUUCCAAACUACAGCGGCCAUAACGAUGCGGUGCUGUUCUUCAACACGGAUCUGUACGAGCAAGACCAUUGCAUGACAGCCGAUGGGAGUGCUGGGUUGUGCACGAAUAUCAAGCGUUGUCCGAAGAUUGCGUAUGACGCACAGAUGCACCGAAACGUACGGUUCUGCAAUGCUGGUUCGGUGGUGUGCUGUCCAUACGAAAAUAUUAAAAACGAAUCGAGUGUCAGUGCAGCCGGAAAAGAGUUGGAUGAUUGCGAAAAGCGUUACGGCAUGUUCCAUGAAGAGUAUAAGCACUGGCAACCGGACAGAAUCGAUCAUUUUUAUCACACGGUUUAUAUCGGAAAAGAGGUGGGGCAAAAUAUAGAAUGGUUUUGUUCCGGUUCCUUGAUCACUCGUAAUUUGGUUGUUUCUACCGCGAAUUGUCUAGCGGAUCCGAGUGAUCACCCUACGCAUGUCAAUGUUGCGCAAGGAAACCCCAACAUAACGUGGAACAACCCGCAAUCUGUACGAGUAAAAGAAGUGAUUAUACAUCCCAACUACGACCAGAAUGAUCUGUUGCACGACAUCGGUUUAUUGCGAUUGGAGAAGGAUAUCGUGCCGACUGCGAUGAAGUAUCCGAUCUGUUUGUGGCAAAAUGAAACCCACACUCCAUUUUUGCUCCAUAGAAUGGUUAUAGAAAACGACGAAGCGUACUUUGCAUCAAGCUAUCCCAAGUACAACAGCGAUCUGCAGGCUUAUAUGGUGGAACAGGGCAGGCGCAAGCUGAAUCCAUCCGAGCUGUGCAUCGACGAUGACACGUCCGAAUCACAAUCCUUCUCUGGUGACCCACUCGUUUGGUAUAAACGCAACGAGGCAGAUAACUCAUCAACGCAGUAUUUGGUCGGGCUUUUAAGCUACAGUCGUCCUAAGGAUGGUUUGAUUGUGCAUACAAGGAUUUCUUCCUACUACAGCUGGAUAAAAAGUGUAGCGUAA